AUGACGCUUGUAUUCCUCGGAAAUUCUGCUCUCCGUCGAGUAUCCAAGUCAGUGGCGGAUGUCCAAGCCCCAGCGAUCCGGAGAUUGCUUGAAUCAAUGGAGAAGGAAGUGCGUCAGGAGGCUGGUGUAGGCAUCGCAGCUUCUCAACUUGCCCACAAUUUGCGCAUGUUUCUCAUGAUCAAGAACAUGCCUGAUAACGAAGAUGAGCUGAGCAAGAUGGAGUAUCAGGAGGUGCUGAAUCCAGAGAUCGUGGCCAUGUCCGACUCUGUCAAGCGCGACUUUGAAGGCUGUCUCAGUGUUCCCGGCUACCAGGGCAUUGUUAAACGCGCACAACAAGUCCGAGUGCAAUACCAAGACGGUCAAGGUCGCACAAUCCAACAAACGUUGACGGAUUUUCCUGCUCGCGUCUUUCAGCAUGAAAUGGACCAUCUCAAUGGUGUCAUGUACCUCGACCGCAUGGACCCCGGCAGCCUCAUCCACAACGAAGAAUUUGAAACGAUGGAGUGGAUUGACAUUCAAAAGAUGCUGCUGCAGGAACCACCAAAGAUCCCUCCUCUCAUGGCCUCGACAUUUCCGACUGAAAACAGUCGUCAUGGAAAGAGUAAAGACAAUUACAAGAUUAAGUACUAG